GGCACCAGCAACGUCAUGGUGCUCUUUGCCAACCAGCCCACCCCCAGCAGCCCCAUCCGCGUCCGCGUGGACGCCGCGCACGACGCCAGCAAGGUGAAGGCCGAGGGGCCCGGCCUCAGCCGCUCCGGUGUGGAGCUGGGGAAGCCCACCCACUUCACCGUCAACGCCAAGGCGGGGGGCCGGGCCCCCCUGGAGGUGCAGGUGACGGGGCCGGGGAAGGGCGAGGCCGUGCGGGACCUGGAGGUGAAGGACAACCACGACGGCACCCACACCGUCACCUACACCCCGCUGCAGCAGGUGGGACCCCAAAAACCCCGCGGGGGGGACCCCAAAAACCCUGCGGGGGGACCCCAAAAACUUU